UCUAAUAAAUUCCAAAACGUUUCAAAUAUCAAAAAGCGAUGGUUUAUUUCAAUAUUUAUAUAUGUUUAUACAUCAACAAGAAAUAUAAUGCACCCUGUAUAAUUUUUAUUUACCUACCAAUCACCACUCAUCAUCAGAUCCAGCAGGUUCAACAACAGUGCAGCACUCAAUUCAAUACAUUAGUAUGCCUGAAUGGCAGGCCUGCUACCAGCACACAAUAUCAAUGUUAUUGACCACGUCAAAUAUUAGUUACUAAUCACUAAUGCAUAGCAAUUCAUUUGGAAAUGUAAUUCUAAUAUAUACAUAUAUGUAUGCUUAACGCUUCUCUAAUUAUAAUUACAUACAUACAUAUAUGUAGGGAAAAUGACAGUGCAAAGACCUCCUUACUGGCAGCAGGCACAUGAAAUCAAACAAAAGUUGCUCUACCGUGUCCCGAUGCAGUCGAAAUGUCAGCGGCAGCAAUAAGAAUGAGCGUCUUGCAAACACGCCAACCACAACAGAAACGCGCCACAGCAUACACGCUCGUUAAGGACAUGAAAUGGAUAUUAUUGGUGCUAAACGUUUUGGCUGUAGUGCCGAUCUUCCAGGUUGUACAUGCGUACAAGAUUGCAUUGCCGAAAAAGCACAGCUUCGCGUCACUUUACCCGACGCUCCUGCGUCUUUUCUGCUUCAUUGGCGCAUUGAUGUACUUCUACAUGGUCUUCUCGCCCUUCGCCAAAAUCAGCAUUUUCAUCUACAGUGAAUUGGAUAAUGCGACAAUAGCGCUGGAACUGCUGCUCGGCCCACUGAGCGGCGUCAUUAUUUUGUGGAAGAGCGAGCGAAAGUCAAAGAAUUUCAUCACAAUCAUCAACCUGCUGCUCGGCGUGGACAAAGAGCUGCAACGGCAUUCACACGCGCCGCGAGCUUUGGAAAAUAAAUGCGCGCAUUUGGAGCGCUACAUGUGGAUGCCGCUGGUCCAUGUCGUAGCGGUAUGUAUCCUGCAAUGGCUGCAUGUGCGCAAAUGUACGUCGUACCUCUACUGUCUGAGCAUGUACUUCUUCUACAUGCUACUACACGCCAUUAUUAUCAGUUAUGUGGUAUGGGUGGCAACUUUGUUGCAUUUGUUGGCGGUGCGCUUUCGGUACCUGAACGAAUUCAUCCAAAUAUAUACGACGCGGCAGGGCGCGCGCCUAAAUGCGGUUAACAUGAGAUCGACGGCGUCGGAGACCUUCACAGCCGAUAUGCUACUCUUCUAUCGCGAACAUAAUAAUUUGCUGACGAUUCACAGAAAGCUCAACGAUUUCGUGCACAUCACGCUGCUGGUCUUCAUAGCCUACUUCUCCUACACCAGCGCGUUGUCGAUGUAUCAAGUCUACCUGACUCUGACGAAAUUGGAUGUCAAUAAUAUCAGAGGAAUACUUUGGUGUCUCAUCUAUCUUUGUGUAUAUGUGCCCAUCGUCGCAUUGCUGAUGCGUCACAGUGACGUGGCAACGAAGGAGGCAAACGCAAUGUCGCACGCAGUGGCGCGCAUCUACGGCAGAGACAAAGCGCAACAGCAUCUGGUAGAAUAUUCUCAGUUUAUAUUACUGAAUCAAAUUACAUAUUUUUUUUUCAUUUCGCUGCAGAUCGAUAAAUUUCUUACUUUCAGCGUUAAACAGGAUGCUGAAUUCACUGCCUUUGGUUUCUUUCCAAUCAACAUGCCAACGCUUUUCAACAUAAGCUCAGCCAUAAUUGCUUAUGUGGUUAUUCUAAUACAGUUCAAACAGUUGGAGGAAACGAGAGCUGGCGCCUCAGCAUAACUAAUUUAUAAUAAAGUUUUUUAAUUCGUGAAAUACGAGUAAAAGCAAUCUAAGUUCCGAUGGAACUGCACAAUAAUUUCCCUGUAAAUUUUCAGAAUACAAUUUAUGUGAAAUUGAUUUAUUUAAAUUGAA